UAAUGAAAUCUUUUGAUUUUUUUUUAAUUUUCGAUAUAAACGUCAAAUUUUUAAGUGCUUAAAUAAUACGUUAAUUUAUUCUCUCUAUCAAGGGUCACUAGUUAGGUUUAUCAUAACCUAAUUUACAUUCUGAUAUGAACCGAAAAAAUAGUGUUAUAUUAUGUAAAAUUAUUUGUUGUUUGUGGUUUUCCAGAGGUUCCUGUGAACUGACUGGACAAAUUAUGUGACAUUCUCUUAAAUUUCUGAAAAGUGAUGGCUUCUAUUUGUCGCCGCUGGAGAUUAUGGAUUUUACCAGUUCUAACUUGUCUCUACGCACUUCUUAUUAUAAUUUUAGUACCAAUUCUAUUGGCAAAUUCCAUUAAAAAUGGUUUUAAAAAGCAGGAUCAAGGAGCACUUGUGGGUGGUGCUUUUGUGCUGCUUGCUUUACCCAUUGCUUUCUAUGAAAUUGUGCAACACAUGAUAUAUUAUACACAGCCUAGACUGCAAAAAUAUAUUAUAAGAAUAUUAUGGAUGGUACCAAUUUAUGCAGUGAAUGCUUGGCUUGGACUGGUUUAUCCAGAAGGCAGUAUAUAUGUUGACAGUUUGAGGGAGUGUUAUGAGGCAUAUGUAAUAUACAAUUUUAUGAUGUAUUUAUUGGCCUACUUGGAUGCUGAUCGUCAGCUAGAACACAGACUUGAAAUCUCUCCUCAAGUUCAUCACAUGUUCCCCCUGUGUUGUUUACCUGAUUGGGAAAUGGGCAGGGAAUUUGUACAUAUGUGCAAGCACGGAAUAUUACAAUAUACUGCAGUUAGACCUAUAACAACUUUGAUAUCUUUUAUUUGUGAAUUAAAUGGAGUAUAUGGUGAAGGUGAAUUUAGAACAGACGUAGCUUUUCCAUAUAUGAUUGCUUUAAAUAAUUUAUCGCAAUUUGUUGCCAUGUAUUGUUUGGUACUAUUUUAUCGUGCCAAUGCGGAAGCUUUAAAACCAAUGAAACCAAUCGGGAAAUUUUUGUGUAUCAAAGCAGUCGUUUUCUUCUCUUUCUUUCAAGGUGUAAUUAUUGCAUUACUGGUAUAUUUCAAUGUGAUAUCAAGUAUUUUUAAUACGAACGAUAUAAAAGACAUUAGAAAUAUAUCGUCGAAAUUGCAAGAUUUUUUAAUCUGUAUCGAAAUGUUUAUGGCUGCAGUGGCUCACCAUUACAGCUUUUCAUACAAACCUUUUGUAAAUUUAGCACAGGGUCAAGCAUGGUGGGACGCAUUCAGGGCUAUGUGGGAUGUUUCCGACGUUCACAAUGAUAUAAAAGAACACUUGGGAGUAGUAGGAUCCUCGUUAAGUCGUAGAAUACGUGGUCGAAGCGCUUAUCAACAGGCCUGGGGAAGUGCAACGGAACGCACUUCUCUACUUCCAGAAGCUUCGGUGACCACAGCUAGAAGUGCACCUGCAUGUUCUUUUUCUGGUUAUAAUACAGCAGAGAUGGAACAAAAUGAUGGCACUAUUGACCUAAUCCCAGAUGUGCAGGAUACAAGUAACGCGGUGAAGACAUAAGACAAUUUU